GUCCACAGAUGACUCUCGAGGUGUGCAGAAGUGGUCCUGUCUGCAGGUGUGUAGUGAUAAGGUAUUUUUGUGUGUGUGUAAAUUUUAAGAUUUUCACAUGAAUUAUCUGGAGGCUGUCUGCUACUGAUUGGGAUACACAUUCUAUCACUUCACCCACCGUUCCUAGCUGUUUGACACAAAAGCUCAGCCGCUAGUCCACAUCAGUGAAGAUCCCCCGAGGACAGUAGUGUCAUUUCAUACGUCGUCGUCGUAUUCUUCCAGUCGGCUGAGUGUGACAACGGACGCGGCACGGCGGGGAUUAUAUUUCCAUAUCACUUUGGAAUAUUAUUGCCCCAGCCGAUGUUUGCACAAUCAGUGACAGCUUCUGCCUGAGCAAACAUAUUCGGAAGGCUUUUACCAUCUCUGCCUGCCAUUUACGACGAUACGGUGCUGUCGACGCUGCGCUAGAGCGAACACACGGAAAUCGUCUGCCAAGUGGAAGAAAUCAGAUUUCAUCGAAUAAGCACCGUUGACGCACCGAUAUCCAGUGCAGAUUCCGAGGAAAUAGAAACGAGAACUGGUACAAGUGCUGAAGUGAAAAAAGGAUGCCCCAAAUGGUGGCCAACUUUUCCUCGUCGGCGGGGAAAGUAUGUAAAAUUGAAUUCGGAAAAUGUUUGCUUUUCGUCACACUGCUAACGAGUGUUUGCUUCCGAGCGAUUCGCACCGACGAUGCAUCCUCCUCGGACCCCCAGCAUUCGGCGCCAACAACUGAAGCCGAAACGGAAAUAGGGUGUCCUCCGCCAGAUCUAAAGAUUUCCCGCUCCAGGAAAAACUAUGCAACAACGGAGGCACCAUUUGUAACAUUCGAAACCACGCAGAUCUAUCUCCCGCAGGAUUUUACGACCGCUGAUUUCGAAUUCGUCGACAACAAAAAGUCCGCCUCAAUUGCCGAAGGCGCAUUGCUGAACAGCCAGGAUGCUCAGUUGCACGAUUCUCACGACACGCCGUUCUGGUGGGAAAUGGGAAUCCAAAAUGCCGAAGCGAGGGAAUCCUUAGCGGCGGUUUCGUUCCCAUCAUACAAGCGGCGUGCCAAGCGAGGCUUGAGGAGAAGUCACAGAGUGCGCCGAUCGGCAAUCGAUCCAAACGGGGACGACUACCAACUACUGCAUCAGGAGUUGACGCCCGUCGUUGUAAUAAACAAUAUUUUCAACGAGAACGAUAGCGAUCACAGCGUGUUUGAUAAUGUGUUUCUGAGUGGAAAACAAUUGGACAAGGAACUGGAUGAAGAGAAGGAGCACUAUGUGGAUCAGAAUGAAAUUGGAGAAGCACUGGAGACGGAGGUGGUGGAUGGCCGUGGUGUGAAAACGAGGGUUAAGCGGAAAUCUGGAAAGACAACUGGAGCGUUGAGCAGAGCCAAGGGAAGCGGAAGCGACAGCGGUAGCAAGAGUAUUACCAGACAUAACAAACAAGAUAUCUUGGACGAGGAGCAAGAUGACCGCAAGGUGCACGAUGAGGCUAGCACGUCAGAGGACGCCAAACCUUACCAUCGAGACGAAAAGAUGGUGAGGGAGAAGCGUAAAUCUGGUAAGGCAACUGGUGCUCUAAGCCGUCCGAAGGGUGGUAGCGAUAGCGGCAGUAAAAGUAUCAGUCGAAAUGCCAACAAAGGUCAAUACGACGAAGAUGGAAGUUACGUUCCACCGCUUCCGGACUCGCACGAGAGCCCAGAUGAGGAAAAGGAAAGCGAAGAGAUCGAAGAAAGCCCCGAGCUACAUCAAUUCCGUGAGGUUAGCGAAGUCCGCUUUCCCGGAGAGGUGGGACCACUGGGUGGACAUCGACUGUGCAAGAUACAAUGCGUUAAAGGCCACUGGGUGGGUCCUCUUUGCGCCAUGAACGAACACGAACAAGAUGAGAAUGGACAGCUUAAAUUUGAACCCUUGUACAAACGAUGCGUGGUGGAUCACAUUCCACCGCAUUUGCUUCUUAGCUACAAAAACGUUUCUGUGACAAUUGGCUGGGACCUCCCCCAUGGUCAUACAUUGCAAGCAAGAUGUAGGGAUCUGGGUCUGUACAAGCUUUUGGGUGAAACCAAGGUUCUUUGCUCAAACGGGAUGUGGGCCCCCAAGAUGCCGUCUUGUGUACCAACUACUCUUCUGACGAAUUAUUCGGAUGACAGUCCACCAUCCAUUCGCAUAAAGGUGGGUGUGGGAUCUGCAGCCUAUGAGCCAUCCGGCGUGCUUGCUGUACUGCCCACCAGUACAAUUCACCUAGACUGCAUGUAUCCUCGACGUCGGGGAUCUCCGGAAUGGACUUGGACCGGCUGGUUCCGUCAAUACUUAACUGAUACCCCCGGCAGUGGUACUGCUGUUAACCAAUUCAAUCCGAUUCCUGAUUUUUUCAAUAUAGGUUGGUCCGCCGUACCGGAGGAGAAAGCAUCUCGCUAUCGGCUCACCAUCAAGGACAUCCAGAGUCAAGACUCGGGAACGUACACUUGUGCAUCGCCACGGGGACUAACCAACAGUAUUGUAAUCGUUGUGGCUAUAUCGCAGUGCUCUACUCUUUUGGAACCAAAGCCACCUUUAUCGUUACGAUUGGAAGGUAUAAAGCUUGGACAGCGAGCAUUGUAUAGGUGCCCUCUUGGUUACAGUUUACAAGGAACGGCGAACGCAACAUGUCUAGCGUCAGGUAACUGGUCAUCUCCAACUCCCAACUGUCAUCCAAUUCAGUGCCCUCCACUGUUCCUGGAAGAUCCUCAUCUAAGCCUGGUGGAGUUGAACACUUCCGCCUGGGGACGGGCUGUGUUCCGUUGUGCAUGGGGUUACCGACUUAGUGGUCCACCAGGACUGGAGUGUGAGCCAAAUGGUCACUGGAGUGGCCCGAUUCCAAGAUGCCGCGCGAUCCAAUGCCCACAACCACUGGUCCCUAUCAAUGGUCGAAUAGAUGGAACUAGCGGGCUGAACACGUUUGGUCAGCGCCGUUAUGCCGUUGGAGCAUUGGUAACGUUUAGUUGCACCGAAGGACAUCUGCUCGUUGGCGAAGCGUCGAUAGUUUGCACCGAAACUGGAUUUUGGUCUCAUCCUCCACCGUUUUGUAAGGCCCAAUGUCCCUAUCCGGGUGAUCCACCGAAUGGGUUGAUAGCACCACUGAAGUUCCACUACGAUCCCGGAGACUAUCUGACGGUUCAGUGUCGACCAGGGUUCGUCGAGCAUGGCGCCAAUGGAGGACCACCGGAACGUCCACGCUGUACGCCGGAAGGGGACUGGUCCGGACCGGUUCCCCAGUGCCGGAGUUAUGAAGAGAUUUAACUAUAUUAAGACGGAAUGGAGGAUCUGGCAGGAUCCGUUACGAAAUAGAUAUUUGUGAUAACAGCGGAGCUGAUACAGGAUGCUCUUGUGUGACGAGAGGCAAUGAGAAGCACCGAUUGUCGACGACAUCGGGUGAAAAUAAUGGUUUGAUGUUUUUUAUAAAAGUACAACUUGAAACGGUUUGACCCCAGUAGAAAAAAAAAAACAAAAUGUAGCAUUCGAAGCCAUCCAAAUGACAUGUGGUACUGUACCUUAGUAGAUAACAUUAGUUCACCUGUGGGGUCACACAAAAUACCCGUAAAGCAAUUCCUUGACGAAUUUACUUUCGAUAGUGCAGAGAAAAAAAAAACUUGUAAAUCAGACACCAUUUUGACAGAAGAAUUGUACAGAUAUUGGAAGAAAUGCGUAAAAAAAACUCUAACUUUGUUUAUUAAAUCCCACCAAAAUCUAUCUUACUAGACCUUGGCACACUUUCUCCAUAAGAUUUUUAUCUAUAUCAGUCAUAUCUUGGAAAGAAGCUCACCUAUACGUACGUAACUCACUUUGUCUAUCAAAAACCAUGUAACACUUGAUUCUGUGUGAAACGCUUAGAUUGCAACUAUUCUCGCUGCAUUUAUAACUCUGAUGACUAAAACUCACAUUUCACUUACCAAUAUAUCAACACACAUAGUAUUCACUGUCACAUAUGUUUUGAAAACCAGACCACCAGACAUCCUAUAUAUGGAGAUCUACAACAGAAAUAUAAGAUACUUCAAUAUUGAACGUUGAAACUGUUUUGCGCGGCAUUAAACACGACUUACUUGUUUGAAUAUGAAGAAAAAUCUAUAAAACUGGAAGCAUAAUUAUUAUACAUCUACAACAAAAAAUACAACAGUACCAGAAGUUUAAAUCAUAUAUAUCGCGUCUUGAAAUACGCUUCGGGUUAAGUUGAACAAAAUGAUACUACACAAUAUAUAUCAUUCUUUGAAAUAUAUUAUAAUGCAUACAUUUUUCAUUGUUACUGUGAAACAGAAUUAUUGUCGCAUGAAAACUAAAAUAAAGCGGACGAAAACGC